AUGUACAGGAUAUCAUUGGCAAUGCACACGAAAACUGGUUUACAGAUGAUUCCAAGACUGCAUCCGGAACUGGAAAGCUUGCUACUGUCUGAAACUUUAGCCAUAUUGGCUUGUGUAAAUAACUGCCUAGAUCGAGGCAUAAGCGGGAAGGUUAUCAGAAUCAUCUCUGAUAGCCAAGCUGUGUUGAAAGCUCUCAAUCGUAACUGUUUCACUUCCAAAACAGUUUGGGAGUGCCAUAAUGCACUGUGUGAAAUUUGUAAAAAGUCAUUUGUUCAGAUUGGACAUUUAAAGAGCCAUUUAAGGACACAUACAAAAGAAAAACCGUAUUCUUGUGAAAUUUGUAACAAGUCAUUUACUCAGAGCGGAAGUUUGAGGAAGCAUUUGGAGACACAUACUACAGAAAAGCCACAUUCUUGUGAUAUUUGUAAAAAGUCAUUCUCUGCUAGUGGAAACUUAAAUAGCCAUUUAAGGAUACAUACGAAAGAAAAACCAUAUAGUUGUGAAAUUUGCAAAAUGUCAUUUUCUGAGAGUGGAAAACUAAAAAGGCAUUUGGGGACACAUACUAAAGAAAAGCCAUAUUUUUGUGAA